UCCUUUCUUCACCUACCGUACCAAUAUCAUUUAUAAAUAUACAUUACAACUUCAACCACUUUCUAACCAUUAAUUAAUUGAAGUCAUAUAUAUAUGGCCGCCACCAACGACGCCCCCGCUGCCCCCGCCGGAGUUACUUAUUACAAGAGACAAAGAUUUCCCGACCACCACCACCCUCUGCUUCCUGGUUUACCCGACCACGUCGCACACUUAUGUCUAUCAAGAGUUCCUCCUUCGACUCUCUUCAAUGUUUGUCGUUCAUGGCGUCAACUAAUCUACUCUCCUUCUUUCCCUUCUUUUCUUUCUCUCUACACUCUCCUAUUACCUAAGAACUUCCCCGAUCGAACCCAAUAUUUAGAUUCAGGAUGUUUUUUCUCUUACGAUCCUGUUUCUUGUGACUGGCAACAGUUACCCAUUCCACCAGACCUCUGUCUCCUCCACCGUCAUCCAUCUUUCUUAUCACGUGAUCUAUCUGUUCAAUCCAUCUCCACCGCCGCCGGCAGUCUUGUUCUACUAGCUGCCACGGCUGAACAUUUCCUCCCUGCUCUGCCCCGCCCGCUUGUCUUCAACCCAAUUUCUAGAAAAUGGACUUUUGGACCGCAGCUUGCCGCCCCUCGCCGGUGGUGUGCUGCUGGUGAAUCAGGUGGUGUUAUAUACGUUGCAAGUGGUAUGGGGAGUUAUUAUAACUCCAGAAUCGCGCGAUCGGUGGAGAAAUGGGAUAGAAUGAAUGGUGAUAAUUGGGAGAUGUUGGGGGAAAUGAGAAAUGGGAAUUUUUGUAGAGAAGGGACUGAAUUGGUUAGUUGGAAAGGGAGACUUUGGAUGGUUAAUGUGAAGGGGAGUGGGCCGAAAGAGGGGGUUGGUUAUGAUGCGGUGAAUGAUGAUUGGGUGGAAAUGCCGGCGGGUAUGAUCUGCGGGUGGAAGGGACCGGCGGCGACUAUGGAUGGGGAGACGUUGUACGUGCUUGACGAGGAAGAAGGUGUUUUGAGGAAGUAUGACGAUGGAAUUUGGGUAGAUGUUUGGGGAGAGGAGAGGUUGAAGAGGGCAAAUCAGAUGGCUGCCGGCGGAGGAAGGGUAUGUGUUGUGUGUACCGGCGGCGAGAUUUUGGUGGUGGAUGUGGCGGCGGCGGAAAUUAGAACCUGGGUGGUGGAGACACCGCCUGGUUAUCGAGCUAUGUCGGUUCAUGUAUUGCCUAGAAUGACUGAACCUGAACCGGAAAUAGAAUUUGGUUAGCAAAAAGAUUGGUCAUUUUUUACUUGCCUAGCUCUGCAUUGUCGGAAUCGAAAAAAGUAAAUAUGGUCUGAAUCAUAUAGUUGGAUUAAUA